UUGUUCAUUUGACUUUUCUUCAUCUCGACAUCUUCAUUACAGAAUCACAAGGAUUUAUAAAGUCAAGACAGUAUCUCAAGCUCAGGAUAUCCCUCUGACAAGGUAACACCAAGGAUUGUGGUGCUUUAUCACCCAGCUCUAGAGGCAUGAGCUGGUUCUCAAAAAGCCUUGGGAAUUCCCAAGGGAGCACAGGGCAACUGAAAAAUCGACUGGAAGAUCUGAAAAAGCCCUGGAAGAAAGAAGCCAGCCCUUCAAUGCUACAGCAUAGUGAGACCGCCAGGCUAGCGGUGGAUGCCUUUCUGGAACAAGGAGAAGCUGGCUAUCUGCAAGUCAUCGCUAAAGAAAAAGAACUACCGUUCCUGUCCACAAUGGACAUGGCUUACAUGAGCCAGCACAUCCAAAGCAUCCCAGAAUCUCCAAAGAAGGGGCUAGAGGCAGGACUCUCAAGAGCUGACAGCAUGGAUAGGGAAUCUCUCCUCUCUGGGGUCACAUCUGGGACAUACUUCCCAUUAAUGACAGAUAUUGACCCCCCUCAACUGGAGCUGGGUUGGCCAAUGAUGCCUUCUGUCACAGUGCUCAACCGAACAGAAGUCAGCUUGUAUUUCCAAAGGGACAAGGCAAACAAUGUGAAGGAGUUACUUCGAUCUCUAAUAAGCAAGGCCAAGUCAGUGAUUGCAAUUGUGAUGGAUCAAUUCACAGAUAUGGAAAUACUCAGUGAUCUGAUAGAAGCUUCAAACAAACGUCUUGUUCCUGUUUAUCUGAUCCUGGAUGAAAAAAACUUGAAGGAGUUUACAGAAAUGUGCAAUAAAAUGGAGGUCAUCAUGGAUGACCUUUUGAAUAUACGCAUACGAUCUGUAAGUGGAGAUACAUACUAUAGUAAAGCUGGCAAGAAGCUUACAGGACAAGCCCUUGAGAAAUUUGUGUUGAUAGACUGUGAACAAGUACUUGCAGGGACUUACAGUUUUACAUGGCUCUGCAGCCAGGUACAUACCUGUUUAGUGAUGCACUUCAAAGGAAAAAUUGUUGAUGAUUUUGACAGAGAGUUCCGAUGUAUAUAUGCCGAAUCUAGAUCAGUGAAUCAUCUUGGAAUCCCCACUGCUGAAAAUUCCACACCUUCUCCUUACAAGAUCAUGCAGAAACGUGAUCCCAUUUUAAAACACGUUCAACGGAAUGAGUAUGAAGCCAUCAGUCCACCAAGCACCCUUUCAAAUUCCAGCGUCGUGACCAUCAAGAAAUCACCAUAUCAUAACCAAUCAAUUUCCAAUGUAUUCUGUGAAAAGAAGGAAUUAACUCCAGGUGAAACAAGAAAAAACACUUCAGGUUUACUGGGACAUAAUGACUUGAGAUACCAGCCCAGGGAGUUGCCAGACUCUAACUGCAGCAUAUUAGAUAAAUUAAAGUAUCCACUCGGUGAUGCUUCUAAUUUAUUGAAGCUUAAGACAUCUUUCCUAUCAGUAUCUUCACCGAUAUUAGUUGAGAACAUAGGAAAUGGACAUCUUCCUGAGAAUGUGGGAACCAAUGAUAACAAGAAGUUCCUUUAUACUCAACCAAUUGAAAAUGCAAGCAAACUACAUAAGGAUGACAAACCAGUAACUCAUGGAUACAACAAAUUAGAAUUCAUUAACAAUCCCACUAAAACUGUAAAUUAUGAGAUAAAGGGCAAAGUUCCUAGAUUCCUUGAAGUCUCUGAGGAUAUGCCAAUGGAGAACAACAGCAACAUAAAUAGGAAUGAAAAAAGGUUGACUCUUGGUCACAGCAAAUUGGAUUUGAUUACCAACUAUAACAAAUCAAAAUCAAAAGUAAUUCAUAGUCGAUUUGAAAUGUAAUCUAACAAAAAUAUUUGAUCUCAAGUCAAAUGUGGAUUGAAACUAUAAUAAUAUAUCAGAUUUAGCUCAAAAAUAUUGGGAAAGCUUAAAGAAGCUUAAUAAAGCCAGAAAAAUAAUCACAUACUAUGUAAGAGAUUUAAGAUUGUUACUAUUUACCUCUAGCGUUAAUUUGAAAGGACAUACAUUUUGAACAUUGAAAACAUUGUCUGGUACUUUUGCCUCACAGACAUAAUGAGGAUUUCUCAUUCCUCAUAAUUUAGAAUUCCUGAAAUACUGGAGGGGCAUGUUUGGAACAAUGCUAUUUCUCAGUUUAAUAGCUCUGGGGGGGAGAGGGAAAGAACAUACAAAUUUAAACAAUUUGAUGAAUAUCAGUAUGUAAAUAAAAUUGUUAUUAUAUAUAUAUAAUGUACAGUACAAACAAUUUGGUUUAAAGAGUUGGUAGAGAGGUUAUAAUGCAUCUCUUUGAUAAAAGCACACAUCUCAAUUGCCCACUGUGGAUUAUUCUGCAAUUCUUUUUAAGACAGAACUAUAAGAAAUCCACAUUUACCAAAGUAGCAGAAAAUAAAGAACUGCAGAAAUCAUAUUGCAUAAUUGCUGACUUCCUUUUAAUAUUGCUGCUCACUCAAUUGAUCAGUACACCAUAGUCAAUACAAGAAUCCAAAUUACAGCCACUCUGACAUAGGAAAAAAAGCCCUCAGUUGUUUCCUUCUGUUGCAAGCAUGAUAGAGAUAGGAAAAGACCCAUAAAAUGCAACUCUUAGUUUAAAUCUCAAAACACUAACUAUAUGAAAUUAAUAAAUGUAAUCUCUUUGCCUCAACAAAGAAUCUGAAAAAGUGAUUUGGCAGGUACAGAAGAAAUGUCAAUAAUGUAAUGAUUGCAUUAUAUCAGGAUAAAUAACAUAAAUAGCAUUAACUUUUGUCUUAGAAUUUUGGUUACAAACUGGAAAACUAAUUAAGAUACAUUGUGUUAAUUUUGUUCACAUGAUAUAUGUUUUAAAUACAUGAAUAUAUAUAUCAUUGUAAUUCAAAAUAAGUGGUCAAUUAGAUUUUAAUUAUCUAUUUACACGAUCAAAGCCCAGCUCAAUUUAUUUCCACUCUAAUAAGUAACUUCAAACGAAGAAGCAUUUUCUGUCCAGUCAAAGUGAUAUUCUUGGAAGUCCACUGAACUCAAAGAUGGUGUUCUUUGAAUGCUUAAGUAUAUGACAGAGUUAAGCAUUUUAAUUAAUUGAUCUUACUUUGUAUGGAAAAACAAAUUGUCACCACUGACAUUUGUUAUUUCUGAAAAUCAAGAUUUGAUAUGCUUCCUGAGGGAGUUUAGUUUAACCAAGAUUUUUGAGAUUUCAUGAAGAAGUCACAAGGAAAGCUAUGAUUGUUUUAAUAAUAAAUGUAACAUUGUUUUAAUUUCAAAAACUGGUAGUUCUGUCAAUAGCAAUUUAAUGUAUAAAUGCCUUAAGAGAAGGACUCCUCUUUCUUUUUUCUUCUCUCUUGCUCUCUUUCUCUCUCUGGUUAAUCAUAACUUUGACAAUGUAUAAUCUGAUGGUGCUUUUGAAAUAAACAGUAUUCUA